AUGGUCGACGAGCCGACUACUGGCUCUAAGUCUACUCCCGUGAAGUUGGCACCUUCCACUGGUGGACCACCUCGGGUUCACUUCGGCAGUAGCUGGAUUUCUGCCUCGGAGAAACCAAACAGCCUGUGCAAACUGUAUGAGAUGGAUGAGAACCACGAGCGACGCAUGUGGCUUGACAAACUGCUGCAGUUCAUGGAGGAGCGUGGAACACCUAUCUCAGCAUGUCCCACCAUCUCCAAGAAUCCUCUCGAUCUCUAUCGGUUGUAUGCUUACGUCAAGGAAAGAGGGGGCUUCAUGGAGGUAUGCAAGGUCACAAAAAACAAAACCUGGAAAGACAUUGCAGGGCUUUUAGGCAUCGGAGCAUCUUCAAGUGCUGCAUAUACACUUCGGAAGCAUUACACGAAAAACCUUUUGGCCUUCGAAUGUCACUUUCAGUGUGGAGGUAUAGACCCACAACCAAUUAUAAAUCAAGUGGAAUCUACUUCGAAGAAGAAGAUGACCAAGACAUCAUCAGUUCCAUCUCCAGGCUCAUCAAAUUCACAGGAUUCAUUUCCAGCAGCUGGUUCAAGUGGAGAAAAUAUUUUGAUAUUACAGUUAAGAGAAUAUUUCCCAUAUCUUCUGAGGAGUCCAUAUCAAAAUACUAUGUCACAUGUAGAUAUCUGCUUCAGAUUGCUGGAUAAAUAUUUCUCCCCUGCUGAGGUAGACCAGCAAGUUCUCGCAGGAAUUGUUGCUUUUAUAUUUGUUAUUUUAGGAAUUCAGCAAGGCUAUCAAGGCCAGUCCGGGUACUCUCAGUAUCCGGAUCAGUAUCCCCAUAGUCGUGGACAACCAACGAAUAUGGGGCAGGAAUUCAAUCAGCAGUACUCUCCCAGCAGCUCAUAUCCACCUGCUCGGCCUAUGUAUCCUCCCUACGCUUCUAAGGCUGAAAGGAGUUAUGGACAAGGUAGAGGGACGCAGCAGUCGGCUGGUGGUCAAGAUCCCUUUGGCCACAACCGGUACGGGGGGCCCAGCCAGCCACCUGGCUAUCCUUCACGUACUCGCUAUCCUGCUCCACCUACGGGACCACCAGCACAGCAACCCACAGGGUAUCCACCACAGCAAUACUAUUACCGUAAAGAUCCGGUAUAUUCUGGUCAACAAGCAGCUACUGCAACUGGCCCAGGUGGUCAGAUGUAUCCUGGAAGCCCUCAUAGUAAAUCAAUGCCACCUCCAGCUCCACAGACCCCUAGAAGGCAUCCAGAUUUUGCAAAAGACCCACAGCAGUCUCCCUAUCCACCAUAUAGUCAACAAAGGCCUUCUAUAUACGGCUGGAGUAGUGGUAACACUCAGUAUCGGGCACAGUACCCUCCACAAGGACCUGUUCCACAAGGGCCUCCACAGUGGAACCAAAAUGCUCAACGAGCUGGUGGUCCUGUGCCUGGUCAGCCAGCUAACAGCCAGUGGGACCAGCACCGCUACCAAGCUAGUGGACAGUCACCGUAUCAGCCUCCACAACAGCAGCAGUGGGUUCCAAGUAUGCAGACUCCUGGUAUUAAUCAAAACUCACUCCUAAGGCCACCGAUGGUUAGCCCACGUGCUCCAUUCCGACCGGAAGGAAAGCCGUAUUCGAUGCAGCAACUACCGGGUUCAAAGGCGCAGCCACCUGGGAUGAAUAAUGCGCAGGUCUACCAACAACAGAGUGCCCCAAAGCGAGAGAUCGUUUUCCCUCCAGAAAGUGUGGAAGCAAUAUUGCCUGUUUUGUAUAAACGCAAGGGAAUGACAUGAGGGGAUGUAGCACCUGUAGAAGCAUGGAGGCUUAUGAUGAGUCUGCGCUCUGGCCUACUGGCAGAGAGUGCUUGGGCUCUGGAUAUUCUCAACAUCCUUUUGUUUGAUGAUAGCACAGUUGCAUAUUUUGGACUAGCCCACAUGCCAGGACUCCUUGAUGUGCUGUUGGAGCAUUUCAGACACAGUUUAGCUGACAUGUUUGACUCGCCUCUUCCAGAUUCUGGGAAGAAGUGGUUCCAGGCACCAAAGGUGGAAACACCGGAAGUGGACCUAGGGCAAGUUAGAGUGCCAAUUGAUCCUGCAGGUCACAUCACAUUAAUGAAAUCGACACCAAAUUAUACUCUUGUGACUAGAAACGGUGAGGUAGUUCGAAUUGUGAACAGAGAUAAUGAGAUUUUUGUUGUGGAUAAUCGGAAGAGCUGGGACAUUGAAGGUGACUUGGCAGAAAACUAUGAUGUGGUUCAAGACCCGUGGCAGUUGACCUCUUCAGACAUCAGUUCGACGAAGUACAUUGUGUCAUGUUUCCAAGGAGAGUUCGGUAAUGUUCCAUUUGCGAGACUGCUCGAUGACAGUAAAACUGUAGGUGCCGAAGAGGAAGAAGAUUGUCGGACAAAAGUAAGUGAAGAAGAAUCGUAUCCCAUUGAAAACUUGAGUGUAACUCCUCCUAUAGUGCUAAAAGUGGAAUGUGAUGAUGAUAACGGUGUUAUUGAUAGUUCGAGCAGUGCAUCUAAUGUGAUACUUAAUGAGGAACAUUUGAGUAAAGACAGCUCCUUCGUUGAUGUGCAGGAUAGUGAUGAAGUGAAAUGGACUAAAACUAUUUUGAGUGAUGUGUUUUCGCGGAUAAAAACGGAAAAUACGGAAGAAAAUUCAUUGCUGCCUGAACACUGUGUAGAUCCCUUAGAGCCUCCUAAAGAAACUGUAGAAGUGAAAAAGGAAGCAAACUGUGUCGAAAGUGAGAGCAGUAGUAAUAAUGAAAGGGAGUUGCCGCAUUCUCCAAAUGUACCAAAGGAUAUUGAAACAAAGAGUGAUAAUGCUGUAUCAGAAACUAGUGACACAAAUAAUUUUAGCAGCAGUAACAUAAAAACAGAACAUACAAACAACGACAAUAGUUCUAAUAGCAAUGAGAGUAGUAUAUUCAACAUAAGCAAAGGUGAUAACUGUAACAGCACAACACCGAAUGAAUCCAGUUGCGAUUAUAAGAUCAAAGAAGGUGUUGAAAGUGAAAUUAUUGCCAGUGAAGAAAACAGUGAAGGUAAUGAAAGUGCUGGAAAUGCUGUUGGAGGAACUAGCCUUAACAAUUGCGAAUGUUUAGAAAGCAAUGAAAGUAGUAAUGGCAACAACAGUUGUGACGAAACUGUAAAAGAACACGAAGAAAUGGAAACAGAAAUGGAACAAGAUGUGUUCCUCGAAGGUUCUGAACAUGAAGGAAAAGACAUAAAAAUGGAAGAUGACUAUGGUGACGAAGUUGAAGAAAAGUCAAAAGUAACAGAUGUGAGACCAGAGAUAAAGGGAGAAAACAGGGGCGGCAUACAAAUAAGGGAUCCUGCGGGAACGUUGAAAAGAAGACGUAUGUCAGAUUAUGAAGACGAAUGUUAUGCGAGAGAUGAAGCGAGCCUUUACCUUGUUACUGAUACACAGGAUGCAAAGGCAAGGCGUUGUGUUUGUCUUUCAAAUAUUUUGAGGAAUCUGACAUUUGUCCCGGGCAAUGAAGCAGAGUUUGCCAAAAAUGUUACAUUCCUUGGUUUGUUGGGGAAGCUUUUACUCUUACACCACGAACAUCCUCCUCGUGCACAGAAACAGCGCAAUUAUGACCGUGAAGAAGAUGCUGACUUUGCAGAUUCUUGUAGCAGUUUACAAGGUGAGGCGGAAUGGUGGUGGGACUUCUUGCACCAUGUGCGCGAAAAUGUGUUGGUGACAGCGGCUAAUAUUGCCGGUCAUAUGGACCUCGGUCAACAUCCUGAGGAAGUGUCGCAGCCCGUAAUUGAUGGACUUCUUCACUGGGCAGUUUGUCCAGCUGCUCAUGGUCAGGACCCAUUUCCCGGAUCUUCAGGCUCGUUGUCACCCCAGCGCCUCGCACUGGAAGCUCUGUGCAAAUUGUGCGUAACGGACUCUAAUGUAGAUCUGGUUGUAGCUAAGCCACCCUACUCCCAUUUGGAACGUCUGUGUGCUGUGCUGACACGACUUCUGUGCUGGUCAGAAGAGCAAGUGCUACGAGAGUUUGCAGUGAAUAUGCUGCACUACCUGGCCGCUGCGGACAGUGGUGUGGCACGUACUGUUGCACUGCAGAGCCCGUGUGUGUCCUUGCUAGUAGCAUUCAUCGAGCAGGCGGAAGCUACUGCAUUAGGGGUAGCCUAUCAGCACGGUAUCGGUGCACUUAUAGACAAUCCAGAUGCUAUGGGAACCAGUCUGGAUAUGCUGAGGCGUGUGGCUGGUACAUUACUUCAUCUGGCACGACAUCCUGAAAACCGGCCGCUCUUCCUGCAGCAAGAACAGUGUCUGUUAUCCCUCGUCAUGAGCCAGAUCCUCGAUCAGCAAGUGGCAGCUGUAAUCUCCAGUGUUCUUUUCCAGUGCUCAUGGCCCUCUUCGUAGCAUGCACAGCAGUUGUAGACAACUAAGUGGUGAAACUGGCACGGAUGUUUCCUUCUCUUGUGAUUUUUGCUGGAACAAAUUGUGAGAGAUGACUUUUGAGUCUGAAUGUAAUGAGGACUGAGUUUCCGGUUCGUCAGUCCUUUAUUCCUUUCUUUUA